GAAGUGCUGCACUGCAGCAUGAAGGGCUUCUGAAUGGAAACUGAACUCGCUGCACGGUUAAGUUCUCACGUUACGCCACAAGGAAAGCCAGCGGAGCAUAGUACGCAGGUACCGGACGACUUCACUGCAGGCCAGCUCACAAGACAAAGCAGCCAUGGACUCGAACCCCGUCCCGUCCUGAUAUCAGCUGAAACCAUCAUGGAUAACUUGGACAUUGGGAAUGAUGGCAGGGCAGAGACAUCAGUGAACCCAGGCGGAUUGUCGCAGGAAGACUCGGUUCUGCUGUACACCCUCCCUCUGUCCCCGGACCCGAGCAGCCCCCUCACUCACCUGGGGACGCUGCUGGCCGCGCACGGCGCACCGAGGACCGGCGGAUGGGGCAGGAAUAGACCCGAUCCGGGGAUCCAAGGCUGCCAGGUGCUGGGACAAACAAGAGAAGCUCACGCUGACCAGAGCAUCGUGAUCCUGCACGCCAAGGUCGCCCAGAAGUCCUACGGCAAUGAGAAAAGGUUCUUCUGCCCUCCUCCUUGUGUUUACAUCAGCGGCCAUGGAUGGAGAGUCAUGCAAGACCAUUUGAAAGCGGCCGGAUAUGGAGACUCUGUAUAUCGAGUGUAUGGUUUCAUGUGUCUGGACAGCUCCAGCCAGUCGCAGGCAGAGACUUUUAAACUCGUCUUCAAUGAAGAGCCCAACUCCAAGCAGAUGUUCGCUUGUGCCAAGUCCUUGUUCAUCUCCGAUCAGGACAAGAGGAAGCAUUUCUGUCUACUGCUGCGUCUCUUCUUGGGCAACAGGAGGGAAGUUGGCUCCUUCCAGAGCAGGAUGAUCAAAGUCAUAUCUAAACCCUCCCAGAAGAGGCAGUCUUUGAAGAACGCCGACUUGUGUAUCUCCUCCUGCUCCAGAGUGGCUUUGUUCAACCGUUUGCGCUCUCAGACUGUCAGCACUCGUUACCUCUCGGUGGACAGAGGAGCUUUCAUCGCCAGCGCCAGACACUGGACUGCCUUCACCAUCACCAUCGUGGACGACCAGCGUGCUGAGCAAGGAGGCUUUGUGAUGAACGAAAGCUUCAUCUGUUACGGCUUUGUGGUCCAGCUAGUCUGUACGGAGUCGGGAGUCGCCCUUCCACCCAUGGUGAUUCAGAAGGUCAACAAGCAGCACGCUAUCUUAGACGUGGAUGAACCCGUUUCUCAGCUCCACAAAUGUGCUUUCCGGUUCAGAGACAGUCCCAGCACUUACCUGUGCCUGUCCAAUGACGCCAUCAUCCAGUACCAGGCGCCGGCCAGCGUCAAGGACCCCAGCAGAGUGGUGCUGAACGAUGGAUCCUGCUGGACCAUCAUCGGUGUGGAAGCAGUUGAAUUCACCUUUAACCAGGGUCUGUCCUGCAUUCAGACACCAGUCAGUCCUUUUCCCAUCAUCACUGGUCUGGAGGUGACUGGGGGAGGACACGUUGCCAUGAUUGAGAUCUACGGAGAAAACUUCGGUCCUCACCUGAAAGUCUGGUUUGGUAACAUCGAGACUGAAACUAUGUUCAAGUCCCCAAAGUCUUUGCUCUGCGUCGUUCCGGAUGUUUCUACAUUCAGCAAUGGCUGGCGCAGUCUGCGACGCAAAAUCAGCGUUCCUCUGUCCCUCAUCCGAACGGACGGCCUGAUUUACCGCACUUCCUUCAGUUUCACCUACACCCCCGAGCUCCACCUGCCUCUGACUGACGGAGGAGCUGCAAGGGGAGGGAAGGGAGAUGGUGGGGAGGGUGGAGGUCAAGAGGACGAAGAGGACAUCCUUCUAGAGACGAUUCAUCAGGAAUUCACCAGAGCUAAUUUUCACCUCUUUGUGCAGAGUUAACCACAGUCGGAGUAGUGGAUCCCCCCGGACGAAUGUCGGUAUAUCACUAACGGGGAGCGUGAAUGAGUUUGGACAAACUGGUCUUUUUUUAUCAAACAUUAACGGUCAAAGGAUUGACUCAUCUGAUGUUAAAGCCUGUCUAUGUAGCAAUACCACUUCUUUUUUUUUUUUUUUCCAUCCCCGAUUUUUUCCCAUUUUAUCACCCAGUGCUCCUACCUAAGUCAGUCCUGGGCAUUGCCAUCCUCUACCAACCCAGGGAGGCCCCACACUGAGCUCAGGUCUCCUCCUUAACCUGAGGAGUGAGCAGGUCGCUUCUUUUCACCAGACAGGGUGGGGCUUCUCCGACCGGACGUAACGCGUGGAAGGAUCACGUUAUUCCGGCCGGAUCCUCCCCCACCCCAUCUGGCCAGAGGGGGCAGUAUAGCCCAGGACUGCUGCAUGUAUUUGUGAGGGUAGCUCACAUUAGCUACCAAGGGAACACGGGGGGAACAUUCAAACUUCACUUCAGCGCCCACAGCAUCCCCGGCGGGAAUUGAACCCAAAACCUUCUUGCUGUGAGACGGCUGCACUACCAGCUGUGCCACCUUGCCCCUCUGGCAAUACCACUUCUGACCACAUGGUGGCACACAGAUCAGCGCUAAUGAGUGGGGAAAGUCCGGCAUUUCUUGUAAUACUACAACUUUUUUGUUGUGUUAUGCUGCCCCCAUGAGGACAGAGGUGGUACUGCUUCAUGAGUGGCUUUAACCUCCCAAACUCAACACGUCUUUCAUUUCAUGAGUUUUUGUUAUUUCGUAAAAUAACAGGAUACUGUCGCAGAUCUUUUCUCAACAUAAGAUGAAGAACUUCUUAUAUAUAAAAUAUAAAAUAUAAGUGAAGCUGCACUUUUUCCCUCCUUACUUUUCUUUCUGUCCUCUGCUCCAACUUUCUUUUCCACCCCCAGUUGUUGCAUGUUAUGCAAAAAGCAAUAUUAGAAAUAAUUAUAAUAAUAUGAACAAUAAUAUAGUAAUAGUUUGAACUGAAAAUGUCAAAAAUCCAAGGCCAAGGCCAAAAUACCUGUGAAAAAACUGUGCAAAAUAUUCCUUUUCAAACAUGUUUUUAGAGUUUUGUUCAUAGCGGCCGCUAUUAUUGGGCCAGACAUGCUCCGCCCUCCUCUUUCAUGAGACAAACCUCUUUUGAAAAGAGUCUUACAGUUUUGUGCGCUCCACUUCUGAGGUUCAGCAAACAUGACGGUAAAUUGGAUGGCUUUGGUGGCCUCAAACGCCUGAACAGUUUAUUCUCAAUACAGAAAGUUUUUGUUGUUGUUUUUUCCUAUGUUUCCUGUAAGAGAAGACCCUAUCUGUUGCCACUUUAAUGCGAUAUUUACCUUUUCCCAGUUGAUUAAGUUAAUUAAUCAUGUAAGAGCAUCACUGGUUACAAAGCCCUAUCUUCGCAAGUUUAACACAUUCAAGCUGACAUGAUGAAUGGUUUAAAUGUUUUUUCCUGUUGUCUUUAUGACCUUUUGUUUGUGUUUUGUUUUAUUAAUAUUCUGGGUUUCCAUCAUUAAAACUCUGUUAAUGAGGGUUGGCAUCUGUCCACCCUCCAUCACAA